GCAGGAACUGGAAGCGGGGGAGGUUCGAGAAGGUUUCUUCCCCGUUGUCCGGGGACCCAUACCCAAAUGGAGACCCAGGCCGCAGAGCACAGUCCUUCUGGAGCACAACUACAGCAAACUUCCACACUGCAAUCCAGAACUCCAGGCAGCAAUACGGGCACCAGCUCCUCCUCCUCAGCGCUAUCAGCAUUGGAGAAAAUCAACAGAAUAAAAGAGAGCCCCCCCAGCAUGACUGUAAAUCAGGUUUCAGGCUCCCCGUGUGCUGGUAGCAGUGACAAACAAGAGAAAGCACCUUCUGCUCCGGCAGGUCCAGGCCAGGCCUGGGGGGCACCAGCCGUCAGGGAUGGCACAGUCCGUGUCACUGUAACCACAGCAGAUACCAACACAAGCGUAACUAAGGUAGCACCUACAGCCUUAGGAGGGACCAGCUCAGAUGUUUCUAAAAGCAAAUCUCCUUCCCCUCUGGUGUCUUCACUGACAUCCCCGAGCUCAGAAGCCCAGGCUGGAGGUGUGAUCACAUCUGCUACAUCUGUCCCGCCCUCGAACACUUUGUCAGUAGCACCUAGCCUUAAAACUCACCCAAGUUCAAGCUCAAGUGGGGCCCUCCCAAAACCAAGCUCCAGUAUUCCUGCCAACAACCCUUUGGUGACUCAGCUGCUUCAAGGCAAGAAUGUACCCCUGGAAAAAAUCCUGCCGAAGCCUCUCACCAAAGCAGAGAUGAAAACUGUCCCGUUGGCUUCUCAUGAAGAAAAAGGGGCAGCAGCAGCAGCCAGAGCUACAAGUGUAGCAGGGAGCGGCGCUGGAGCCGAGGGUGGUGACAGGCAAUCGAGUUUACCCACACAACAGCUUGGGAAGAUCUUUUGCCAGAACAGGACUCUGCCUCACGUUCCAAGGCCCUUUCCAUUCCCCUCGGGAAAGGACCCCAGUCCUGACCAGCACCAGUGCCACGAGGCGCUCAGCAAAACAACCCAAGAACAGAUCCUUCAGACUCUUAUCAAGAGAGUCCAGAGGCAGAACUUGUUGCCAGUCCUUCAGCCUUCACAACUGAACCUCACGCACUCAGGUUUCCAGUUAGAAAACAGCUCCAGCAGCCAGAGAUUUGUGCUGGGUUUCAUGGGCAGAAGGACGUCCAAGCCCGCCAUGUCUGGUCAUUAUCUGCUCAACAUUUCCACCUAUGGUCGUGGUUCAGAGAGUUUGAGGAGAGGCUUCUCCUUGAACCCUGAAAACCGCUUGUGUCUGAACAGUCCUGCUGAUGCUCCAAAACCAGAAUUUGGGGAAUGUGAGGAGACAGCUGGCCAUGGCAGCAGCAGUGAUGAAGGAGAUGCAGAUGAUGAGAGUACUGGCGAUGAACAGGAACGCAUCGGUGUCAAAGAGGAGCCCCGGGCUGCCCAGGCUUCUGCUCAGUGUGAAAAAGAGCAGGUAGCACAUGGCAUAAAUUCUUCAGAUUACAGCACUGUUGCAAAAAAGGGUGUAAAGACCAACGCGGCCACACCUCAGCAAGCAGCAGGCAACAAGGAGAACGUUCAGGUGCUUGAUGGAGCGACACUGGCACGAGAUUUUAUUCAAGCUGCUCAAGAGCAAAUGGCACACGCAAUGAGGGGGAAAAUGCACGGCAACACGGAGCUUUUCAGUGCUUCUGUACCGUCCUCGGACUCUGCACAGCAGCAGCCUCCGCUGCUUUCUCCUUCGCACCCUCCAAAGCUCUCUGGAAACGCGGCAGCACAGCUCAUUGGGCCCAGUUACAGUGGCACAAUAAAUGUCUCCACCUCCCCAGACGUGAACCAAGGGUCUCUCAUGACGGGGCUGUCAGAAUGCAAUCAGUUGUCCAGUAGCAUGGGGAACGUCAUGUCCUUUUCCGUGACUGUAACCACCAUUCCCACCAGCCAAGCUAUGAACUCUGGCAACCACAGUCAGACCAUCCCCGUUCAAGCCUUCGCUGAAGACAACAGCCUGGAGGAUUCCCCUUCCAAAUGUUACUGCAGGUUGAAAGCCAUGAUCAUGUGCAAGGGCUGUGGUGCCUUCUGCCAUGACGAUUGCAUUGGCCCCUCUAAGCUCUGUGUCUCCUGCCUCGUUGUGCGGUAACCGGGACGGGAAGCGGGGAGGAGGAUGGCUCAAUUUGGGGUUUGCUUUUGGAAGUACAUUGGGAAGAAACAGGAAAUUUACUGCCUUGCACAAGAGACACGUUACUGAAUCAGGAAUACAGAGUAGAGUUCUUCUUU